CUAUAAAACAGGAUGUGGCUGGGAUGGUCUGCAAAGCGGAAAGACUUGAGUUGGAGCAAAAGUUGCACAAUGGAGUUUUGCUUAUUAGCGCUAUUCACAGUUUUUUCCUUGUUUUACAACGUUUUGGCGCUGCCACCUAAAGGUGUGUGCCUCCUUCAAGUGGACGAGGGACCUUGCAGAGGAGACAUUGAGCGCUAUUACUACAACACUAUUACACAAAAAUGCGAGGUUUUCUCCUAUGGGGGGUGCAAAGGGAAUGCCAAUAACUUCAAUAGUUAUCCAGAGUGCCAUAAAACAUGUUUCAGAAUCCCAAAGAUUCCCCAAAUCUGCAGGUUUCCUAAAGACGAGGGACCCUGCCGUGGUCUGUUUCAUCGCUACUUCUUCAACAUGACCACCAUGCAGUGUGAGCCCUUUAGUUACGGUGGCUGCCAGGGCAAUUUGAAUCGCUUCCAAGACCUCAGGUCUUGCAAGGAGUACUGCAGUCCACGAAAAACUGUCCCCGUGCUCUGCCUGGAUCCCCUGGACAAAGGGAAGUGUUCAGCCUCCAUUCCUCGGUAUUACUACAACACCAUCACCAACAUGUGUGAGAACUUCAUCUACUCAGGCUGUGGAGGGAGCAGCAACAACUUUGUCUCCAGGAGGACCUGCAUGGAUGUGUGUUUUAAAGGAGGGAAAAAACUCAUAAGACCAGCAAAAACUAAUCGCAUGAGACGGAAUAGGAAUUUCAUCACUUUCUUGCAGGCGUAGAUGUCUGACCCGUGGACUCACUUGGAAAAGCCCUUAUUGGAAAUAUAAACAUAAACUGCCAAAAUGUGCCAAAAAGUUGACAUGGUCUUCUUUGUUGUUACUGUAAGAGUUUUAGUGGCACAUACACACAUUUUCACUGUAUUUGUAUGUAACGCAUAAUGAGCCAUUUCAAAUGUGAUUUUACUGUUUGCUGUUAAUGAAGUUUAUUACUACUGCACUAAUGUUCCUGAUUGUGAAAUGUGAUACUGUGUAGUGUAUAUUUUAUAUAAGAAGUAAAUCCUUAUUGUAUUGUAUUAUUAUAUUAUCACUACUAUUACUUGCUUAGCUGGUUAAUAAGCACAUUUUUUAAAUAAAAUAUACAGAAUUUAUUAAGUAUUGCACCAUUUUCUUUGCACUUUUACACUGCUGCUGUCAGUAAAUGACUGUAUUGUGUGUUAUCUGAAUAAUUAACUAAUGCAAAAUGUGUUGAUUACACCAACCACUGCAGUGUAUGCAUAUAACCUUAAAGAGUCUUUAUUACUUUUACUAAAGCACAACAACAUUGCAGCCAAAAUGAAAACAGGCUUGGCUGGUUUCUUCACUUUCUCUUUAUCUCUGGGCCUCUUCCAUUCCUUACUAAUGCUGCUGUCUCCCCUCCUUAUCUGGUAAUACUUUGCAAGACACUCAAGCCUAUCAUGGCGGCUUCAGCAUAGCCUUGAAUCAGCAAGGAAGUAAUCACGGGCCAGAAAACGCUAUACUGUGGCAGGUUCAUUAGAAUGUUAGUGCAUAUUUAAAGGAGAGGAAGCUGCAGGUUUACAAAACAUAAAUCAUGAGCUUCCAACUAUAAUUUCAGCAUUUGCAAUGUAAUUACAGUGAAAUACACAUAAUUAAACAAACCAGAUUCA